UUAUGGAUUGGCUUCCUGUUAGCGUCUGUGUGUCUGCCGGUCGUGGCUCAGACCCCAGUCCACCCUGUUGUCACCACGAAUUACGGGAAGCUGCGGGGGUUAAAGACGACGCUGCCCAAUGAGAUCCUAGGGCCCGUGGAGCAGUACUUGGGGAUCCCGUACGCUUUGGCCCCUACAGGGGAGAGACGCUUCCAGCCCCCCGAGCCUCCCAUGUCCUGGCCUGGGAUCAGGAAUGCUACCCAGUUCGCCCCUGUGUGUCCACAGUACCUGGAGGAAAAGUUACUCAACGAUAUGCUGCCGGUGUGGUUCACAGCGAACUUGGAUACAGUGGUAACCUAUAUGCAGGAUCAGAACGAGGACUGCCUGUAUUUAAACAUUUACGUGCCAACUGAGGAUGACAUCCAUGAUGAGAACGGGCUGAAGCCGGUCAUGGUGUACAUCCAUGGUGGAUCCUACAUGGAGGGAACGGGGAACAUGAUCGACGGGAGUAUCCUGGCGAGCUACGGAAACGUCAUCGUAAUCACCAUAAACUACAGGCUCGGAGUGUUAGGCUUCCUAAGCACAGGGGACCAGGCAGCCAAGGGGAACUAUGGACUGCUGGACCAGAUCCAAGCCCUGAGGUGGAUCAAAGAGAACAUUCAGGCCUUCAAAGGAGAUCCAAAGAGAGUGACAAUCUUCGGCUCUGGUGCAGGGGCAUCGUGUGUUAGCUUGCUCACGCUCUCUCACUACUCAGAAGAUCUCUUCCAGAAAGCCAUCAUCCAGAGUGGUACAGCUCUGUCCAGCUGGGCGGUUAACUACCAGCCUGCCAAGUACACACGGAUGCUGGCUGAGAAGGUGGGCUGCAACAUGCUGGACACCAUCGACCUGGUGGAGUGCCUCCAGAGCAAGAACUACAAGGAGCUGAUCGAACAGAACAUCUUACCCGCAAAAUACCACAUCGCCUUCGGCCCAGUCAUCGACGGCGAUGUCAUCCCGGACGACCCCCAGAUCCUCAUGGAGCAGGGCGAGUUCCUCAACUACGACAUCAUGCUGGGGGUCAACCAAGGCGAAGGGUUCAAGUUUGUGGAGGGCAGCGUGGACAGCGAGGACGGCGUCUCGGCCAACGACUUCGACUUUGCCGUGUCGGACUUUGUGGAUCACCUCUACGGCUACCCGGAGGGCAAGGACACACUAAGGGAGACCAUUAAGUUCAUGUACACUGACUGGGCCGACAAGGAGAACCCCGAGACAAGAAGGAAGACGUUAGUCGCACUCUUCACCGACCACCAGUGGGUGGCGCCGGCCGUAGCCACAGCGGACCUCCAUGCCCAGUAUGGUUCGCCAACGUAUUUUUACGCCUUCUACCACCACUGCCAGAGUGACAUGAAGCCUAGCUGGGCUGACUCGGCACAUGGAGACGAAGUGCCCUAUGUGUUCGGGAUCCCGAUGAUCGGACCCACGGAUCUGUUCAACUGCAACUUUUCCAAGAACGACGUCAUGCUCAGCGCAGUGGUUAUGACCUACUGGACUAACUUCGCCAAGACAGGAGAUCCAAACCAGCCCGUUCCUCAGGACACCAAGUUCAUCCAUACAAAACCCAACCGCUUUGAAGAGGUUGCCUGGUCGAAGUACAACCCCAAGGACCAGCUCUACCUGCACAUCGGCCUGAAACCCAGGGUCAGGGACCACUAUCGGGCCACUAAGGUAGCCUUCUGGCUGGAACUAGUUCCACACCUCCACAACAUAAACGAGUUGUUCCAGUAUGUAUCCACAACGACCAAGAUACCGCCGCAGGACACCACCCCGUUUCCUUACACCAAGCGUUUCCCGGGGAAUCGGCCUUCUACCACCCGCCACCCUGGGGUUCCCUCCGCUAACACCAAGCAGACCACCGACCAGCGGAAAGGUGAGGACCUCACCGACGAAUCAGCCGUGGUUAUCGAGACUAAACGGGACUAUUCCACGGAGCUGAGCGUCACCAUCGCCGUGGGAGCCUCGCUGCUCUUCCUCAACAUCCUGGCGUUCGCUGCGCUCUACUACAAGAAGGACAAGCGGCGGCAUGAGUCAAACCGGCGCGGGCCAAGCCCACAGCGUAUCUCCGCCGGGCCGGCCAAUGCGGCGGCCAACGCCAAUGACAUCGCCCACCUGCAGAGCGAGGAGCUGAUGUCCCUGCAGAUGAAGCAGCAGCAGCAGAUGGAUCACGAGCACCACCACGAGUGUGAGUCGCUCCAGGCCCACGACACGCUGCGCCUCACCUGCCCGCCCGACUACACCCUCACGCUACGUAGGUCGCCAGACGACAUCCCCCUCAUGACGCCCAGCACCAUAACUAUGAUCCCCAACUCGCUGGCCGCCAUGCAGCCGCUUCACAACUUCAACACGUUUGGCGGCAGUCAGAACAGUACCAACCUGCCCCAUGGACACUCCACCACCAGGGUAUAG